AAAAUGACCAAACUAGAGGUCCAGUAAUAAAAACCCAAAUUUUCUUCUCGUGACCUUCCCCUUCCCCCUUCCCGUUCCCGCGAAGGCAAUGUCACCCACUGGAGCGUUCCUCUCAGAGGUCCAUCUCGCCGGCACCCAUUUUCAACACUUGCCUAUGCAGUUCAUUGGCUCACAUUUCUUCGUUUGAAAAGCCAACUUCUCUCUGACUCUUUUUCUUGUAUAAGUAUAUAAACUUACAGUGGACGUCGGUGCGGCGAGGUGAGCACGGAGCAGUUACGUCGGUGGCCUUAGGAACGUUUCACGGUGAGCUCACAGCUUGGGAACAAGAUGCAGAGCUUGGGGCUUUUUCACUCCUUUGAAAUGGCUUUCGUUCGUUUCUAGGUAGUGGCUCAUUCAUGUUCUCCUCAGUAGUGGUUCUUUCGUUCUCGACUGUCCAGACACAGAUUGGUGUGUUAGUCUUGCCGGGGAGUGCAGAACCAGUACUCCAGUCUCCUCCGGCAACAGGUUUUAUCAUAGCUAUGUGGGUCUCUGCAAAACCUUCAAUUUCUAAUAUUUCUUCACUUUCUUUUAAUUCCCACCAAAAACCAUUUCGCAUUUUACCCCAUAUCUCUCUCCCAUGUGAUCUAUCUCAAUCUUCGCAAACAACCCAAGUUUAUUGUGGUGUUCGUGAACUCCGAGGGCGGAUUGAUGCUAUCAAAAAUACCCAUAAAAUCACUGAGGCUAUGAAGCUUGUGGCGGCCGCAAGGGUUCGACGAGCUCAAGAGGCUGUCAUCAAUGGCCGACCCUUCUCGGAGACCCUUGUAGAAAUGUUAUACCAUAUCAAUGAGCAGCUUCAAUUAGAAGACAUAGAUGUUCCUUUAACAAAUGUUAGGCCUAUCAAGAAAGUUGCCCUUGUGGUUAUCACUGGUGAUCGGGGUCUCUGCGGCAAUUUCAACAACUUAGUUAUCAAAAAGGCUGAGACCCGGCUCUCCGAAUUAAAGAAUCUUGGAUUGGAUUACACUGUAAUCAGUGUUGGCAAGAAGGGUAAUUCAUAUUUCAGGCGUAGGGAUAACAUCCCGGUGGAUAGGUUUAUUGAAGGAGGGAGUUUCCCUACGGUGAAAGAAGCUCAAGCGAUUGCAGAUGAUGUAUUUUCGCUAUUUGUCAGUGAAGAGGUUGAUAAGGUUGAGCUAGUGUAUACUAAAUUCAUGUCAUUGGUUAAGAGUGAUCCUGUGAUUCAUACAUUGCUUCCAUUGUCCCCUAGAGGAGUUGUGUGUGAUGUGAAUGGAAACUGUGUUGAUGCCAUGGAGGAUGAGUUCUUUAGGUUGACAACUAAGGAGGGGAAGUUUUUUGUGGAGAGGGAUAGUGUGAGGGCAAAGAUGGAGUUAUCGCCACUGAUGCAGUUUGAGCAGGAUCCAAUUCAGAUUCUUGAUGCCAUGAUGCCUCUUUAUUUGAAUAGCCAGAUUUUGAAGGCAUUGCAGGAAUCACUGGCAAGUGAGCUCGCCUCUAGGAUGAAUGCUAUGAGUAAUGCAACGGAUAAUGCAGUGGAGUUGAAGAAGACUCUUUCAAUUGCAUACAAUCGGGGGAGACAAGCAAAAAUUACUAGUGAGUUAUUGGAGAUUGUUGCAGGAGCUGAGGCACUAACACAGCUUGAUUGACUGUCAAGCUUGUAACGAAUAUCGACAUCUUCAUAGACAGUUUUUCUUGUAAUGAUAUCCUGAGUUGUAAUACACAUUGAGAUCUUGAAUAUGGAAUUAAGUUGGAAGUCGUUACAUUUGAUCUUCUACAA